ACAGCAAUGAUGGCCUCAUCAGCUCUGGCAAUAAUAAAGAAGGAGGUUACUUGUCCUCUCUGUCUGGAGCUCCUGAAGGAACCUGUGAGCACUGGUUGUGACCAUAGCUUCUGCCGAGCCUGUAUCACACUGAACUAUGAGUCCAGCAGAGGCACAAAAAUGGAGGGCAGCUGCCCUGUGUGCCAAGUUCAUUACGACUUUGGGAAUCUGAGGCCUAAUCUACGAAUGGCCAAGAUAGUUGAGAGGCUCCAGGGGUUCAAGUCCAUCCCGGAGGAGAAGCAGAAGGUGAAUGUCUGUGCACACCAUGGAGAGAAACUCCAGCUCUUCUGUAAGGAGGACACGAUGGCCAUCUGCUGGGUUUGUGAGAGAUCUCGGGAGCACCGUGGUCACCAGACAGCUCUCAUUGAAGAAGUGGACCAUGAGUACAAGAGGGAGCUGCAGGCAGCUCUGCAGACACUGAUGGAAAAUGAGAAAAGAUGUGAUGAAUGGCAGGAUGACCUUCAACAGCAGAGAGCUGACUGGGAGAACCAAAUACAGAGUGAUAUAGACAAUGUUCAGAUGGGGCUUAAAGGACUGAGAGACCUCCUGGACUCCAAGGAGAAUGAGGAGCUGCAGGAGCUGAUGAAAGAGAGGGAAGAGGUCAUGAAAAGGCUGGAAGAGUCUAAAAAUAAGCUGGAGCAGCAGAGGCAGUGGGUGAGAGACCUCAUCUUAGAUGUAAAACAUCAGUUGGAGCUCUCAACCAUGGAAAUGCUGCAGGAUGUGAAUUCUGUUGUAAGAAGGAAUCAAAUCUUGAAACUGAAACAGCCACAAACUAUCCCGAAAAAAAGAAGAAAAACAUUCCAUGUGUUUCAGGAUCUGAAAGGCAUGCUGGAAACAUGUCAAGGGUUCAUGGAUGGCCGGCGAUACUGGGUUCAUGUGACUCUACAUGCAAACAACCAUGCAGUCAUUGCCAUUAACAAAGAAACAAAACAAAUAUAACAUACAAGUUACUAUAAAAGGAAUUUGAAAAUUUCUGAAGCCUAUAACUUGGGUGUCCUGGGAUAUCCAGCUAUCCACUCAGGAAAACAUUACUGGGAAGUAGACGUAUCCAGAAAAAAUUCCUGGCUCCUGGGAUUAAAUGAUGGACUGUGUGCUCAAUCCCGACUUCAUUCUAUAAAUGAAAUGGGCUUCAAAGUCAAAUAUAAUUCUAGUGUUAAACAACAUGGAAAUUAUCAGCCUAAAUAUGGCUACUGGGUUAUAGGGAUGAAGAAUAGGUCUGUAUACAAUGCCUCUGAUGAGUGUUCUGUUACCCACAAUUCCAGUGUCUUGGCCCUCUCUCUGCCUGGUCCUCCCAGUCGUGUUGGAGUUUUCCUGGACCGAGAAGCUUGCACUCUCUCAUUUUAUGAUGUUUCUAACUUUGGAGCUCUCAUCUAUAGGUUCUAUGACCCUUUCUUCCCUCAUACAGUCUAUCCAUAUUUUAAUCCUAUGGAAUGUUCAGAGCCAAUGACAGUAUGCGGGCCACCCUCUUGA